GAACUACUCGCCUUCUCAAACUUUUAAAACUCAUCAUAAAUAAUAAAGUCUAUUUCUCUUUCCUUUUAAACCCAAAUCCUAUAAACUUUCAUAGCUUCUCUGUUCAUUACUUAUAUCUCACGUUAUACAUAUAGCUCCUAUAAAUGCUUCUCUUUCCUCUCGAAUAAUCUUCCCUCACUACUUUUAUAUAAGACCCUUGUCUACUUCACUCUUCCUCUUAACUCUCUCAUCUUCUCUUUGCCUCUUCUUUCCGCUCUCUAUAUAAAAGAAAUAUGAUAGUGGUUAGAGAAUACGACUCGAGCAGAGACUUAGCCGAUGUGGAGGCUGUGGAGCGACGUUGCGAGGUCGGACCAAGCGGCAAGCUUUCUCUCUUCACCGACCUUUUGGGUGACCCGCUUUGUAGGAUCCGACAUUCACCUUCUUUCCUUAUGUUGGUGGCUGAGAUGGGUACGGAGAAGAAGGAGAUAGUGGGCAUGAUUAGAGGUUGCAUUAAAACCGUUACAUGUGGCAUAAAACUCGAUUUAAAUCAUAAAUCCCAAAACGACACCGUUAAACCUCUUUACACUAAACUCGCCUACGUUUUGGGCCUCCGUGUCUCUCCUUCUCACAGGAGGCAAGGGAUAGGGCUUAAGCUCGUGAAGAUGAUGGAAGAAUGGUUUAGGCAAAACGGCGCCGAAUAUUCGUAUAUAGCAACUGAAAACGACAAUGAAGCUUCCGUUAAUCUAUUCACCGGUAAAUGCGGUUACUCCGAGUUUCGUAAACCGUCUAUCUUGGUCAACCCGGUUUACGCCCACAGAGUCAACGUCUCGCGUCGUGUAACCGUCAUUAAAUUGGACCCGGUUGAUGCAGAGUCGCUGUACCGACUCCGGUUCAGCACAACAGAGUUUUUCCCGGGGGAUAUCGAUUCGGUACUAAAUAACGAACUCUCUCUCGGGACUUUCGUGGCGGUGCCACGUAGCAGCUGUUACGGGUCGGGUUCAGGAUCAUGGCCCGGUUCGUCUAAGUUCCUGGAGUACCCGCCCGAGUCAUGGGCCGUGUUGAGCGUUUGGAACUGCAAAGACUCGUUUCGGCUGGAGGUUCGUGGCGCGUCGCGACUGAAACGCGUAGUGGCUAAGACGACGCGUGUGGUUGAUAAAACGCUGCCGUUUUUGAAACUCCCUUCGAUACCGUCGGUUUUUAAACCGUUUGGGCUUCACUUUAUGUAUGGGAUUGGUGGAGAAGGCCCACAAGCGGCGAAGAUGGUGAAGUCAUUAUGUGGUCACGCGCAUAACCUGGCUAAGGAUGGUGGUUGCGGCGUUUUGGCUACGGAAGUGGCCGGAGAAGAGCCGUUGCGACAAGGGAUACCGCACUGGAAAGUGUUGUCGUGCGAUGAGGAUCUGUGGUGUAUAAAACGGCUUGGGGAAGACUAUAGUGAUGGUGCAGUUGGUGACUGGACUACAUCACCACCUGGUUCCUCCAUUUUUGUGGACCCCAGAGAAUUUUAAUUCUCUCUUUGAUGGUAUAAGUCAUAACACUAAACAUUUCAUAUUACGGGGUGUCAUUGUAAACUCUUAGAAUACCUUUUAAGGGUCUUUUGGGUUUUAGAAUUAGUCUUCUUUAUUUCCUAGGUAAUCAUCUUUUGUUUGUUUGUGGGGUUUAGAUUAGUGGUUAGAGGCAAUCUCUCAUGCUUUUGGGUUUGUGUCUUCUUGUCUUGUAAAUGGAUCUAGCUUUUCUUAAUAUACUUUAUCUGUGGCCAAACUAAAAUGUCGACCUGUUGUUUUUCC